UCCCAAGCCCCCUUGCUCUAAUUAUCUGCAAUGCCCAUCUCAGGGCUGAUGGGAGAAUCACAUUCCUCUCCCUCCUGUCACGUUCCAUGAAGUGCCCCUUAACCACUUCCUUCCUCCCUCCCACUGUUUCCCACAUCUGUGUCCACCCAACACCAGUUCCUCCUGUCCCAGCAGGAGCUGGGCUACUCUUGAGUCAUCUGGUACCUUCUUUGCCUUCCUGGGGCCACUGGACCCUAAGGGACCUCACCCCAGAUCCAUCUCAGCCUCUAAGACCAGAGGGACUCUUCCUGCUUUAGUUACUAAGUCCAUGUAAAGAAGUCCUCUGAGAUUUAGGGGAAAUUUUUUUAUUAGAUCCCUCUCCAUCCCCUCACUAAUCACAAGCUCCAGUCCCAGCUCCAUCGUAUCAUCAUUGUCUUCCUCUGACUCAAUGUCCACAACUCCCAAUCCAUUGCCAUCCCCACCCUAUCCCAAACUGGCUUGGAAAUCUUGCUCUGAAAAUUUGGAAGGAGAAGGGCUCUUUUCUUCACCCUGAAAGUGUCUCCAUGUAAAUAUUCCUACCCUGGUGGUAUUCUACACAGAAUCCAGGCAGAGCUAACAGAUGUUUGGGUGUCUCCACUUAGCCUGGACUCUAGAGAUGUAACAUCAGGUGAACCUAUGCACAACAGAAUGUUCUAUCCAGCACUGGUUGUCCUUGUUUCCCCUUUCAAACGCCAAUUUACUGAGCCCCUAUUAGAUUACAGGCCUGAUGCUGGGCACUGGGAUCCUUGUGGUGACCACAAGAUCCCUGCCCUCACGAAGCCCACAGAAGACUGGCACACAGCUUCCAGCACAGAGCCUCUCCAGCUCCCUUCCUUUGCCCCCAUUAGCACACCCAGGAAGCGCCAAUCAAGCAUAUCAGCUGAGUUUGUCAUGGAAGACUCAGAGUGAAGAAGGUGGGAACUCGAUUCAUUUUUAAAGGCAAAUCACCCGUUCCUUUAGUCAUCACUCUACAAGUGUUUACUGAGUCAUGUUCUACUCUAGGUCCUGGAGAUGAAUCAGCUCGAACUCUACCCUCAAGGAGCUGCUAGUCAGGUCAGGGGGACAGGCAAGAUUUCCAUUCUUGUCAUUCAGGUUUCUACUCAUUCAGGUUUCUACUCAAAGGUCACCUCCUCAAAGAGGUCUUCCAGGUUUGCCCUAGCUAAAGGGGUCCCCUGCCCUCACCUGGACAACAAUCCAUCGCUUAGUUUAUUUCUUUUGCAGCACUUGUUAGAGCUGAAAUGACCACAUUUAUUUGUUUACUGCAUAAUGAUCUGUCCCCUCUCUCUCCAGACUCAGUCCAUGGAAGCAGAGGCUUUGAUUUAUUCACUGUGAUUUUAAGCACCUGGCAUAGUGCCUGGCACACAGAAGCCACUCAAUACAUCAUUGGAUAAACAACACAAAUUGAUCAGCGCUGUACCAGAAAGAGGCACAGGGUGCCCUCAGGAGAGGCCAUGCACUCUUUCCAGAGUCAGGGAAGUCUUCUCAGAUCAGGGGACAUUUGCAUGGGGUUUAAAAGGGUAAGUAGGAGUGUAAUAGGUAGAGAAGGAAAUGUAUUUCUGUCACUUACUUUGUGACCUUGAGAAAAUUACUGGAAUACUCUCUUUCAGUUUUCCCCUCUGUGGAAUAGAGAUUGAAUAGACCCUUCCAAGGAUUAAAUGAGAUCAUAUAUAUGAAAUGCUUACCUGCCAGGCACAGAGUAUGGCCAAUAGAGGUAGCUAUCAUAGGGCACCUGGAUGGCUCAGUUGGUUGGGCAUCAGACUCUUGGUCUCAGCUCAGGCCUUGAUCUCAUGGCCAUGAGUGAAAGCCCUGUGUAAAGUGCCAUGCUAGGUGUAGAGCCUACUUAAAAAAAAAAUAAGUAAAAAUUUUAAAAAGGUAGCUAUCAAGGUGUUACCAAAAACAGUUAGUAUGGUGCUUAACACAUAGUGGCUCUUCGGUCUCUGGUUUCAAGGAUGGACCUCCCUGACUGGAGAGAGAAUAAGACACCCUACAACCACAAGUGAUGUGUAUUAUAAUGGGAACAGUGCAGGACUCUAUAGGAGAUGGAGACUUAUUACAUUUGUUGAAUGCUUACCAUGUGCCAGGCGCUGUUGUAAGUGCUUCACAUGGGUUAAUUCACUCAAUCACCCCUCAACCUGGAUUAUUAUUACUUAAUAGAUGGGCCAACUGAGAGAAGUGCAGUGACUCGCCCAAGGUAACACACCUAAUAAUUGCCAGCAUUGAGAUUUGGAUCUAGGUGGUCCAGUUCCAGAAUCUAUGCUCGAAACCACUACACCAAGUGAUGCAUCCAAGGGGAGCCCAGAUCCAGAGUGAUAAUCAGGCUUACUACAACAGAAAGUGGGGGAGUCUGCGAGAGCUCAGGGAAGAAAAGAUGUACUGUUCCUUAAGAAAUCAGAGAAGAUGGGCAGCCUGGGUGGCUCAGCGGUUUGGCGUCUGCCUUCAGCCCAGGGCGUGAUCCUGGAGACCCAGGAUCGAGUCCCACGUUGGGCUCCCUGCAUGGAGCCUGCUUCUCCCUCUGCCUGUGUCUCUGCCUCUCUCUCUCUCUCUUUCUCUCUCUCUCUCUCUCAUGAAUAAAUAAAUAAAAUCUUUAAAAAAAAGAAAUCAGAGAAGACUUGGGGGUAGGGGACAUUUAGGUUGACUCUUGAAGGAUGAGUAGGAGUUUACCAGGAAAAGAAGACUAUGGAGAAAGGCAUUCACUCAUUUAAUUAACAUCUCCUGAGGCCUCCCAAGAGCUCAGCCCUAAAUAGAUGAUUCUGGGGACACAGAGAUGAAUCAGACUUGGGGUUUGGCCCUGCAGGGGCUGCCCACCUGAUAAGGAGGAGAGAUAGGGAGAGAGGCAGGUAGGAAGGAUAGUGGGAGGGGGGAGAUGAAAAAAUGGGCAACGUUCUCAGGACUUAGCCAAGAUCUGGUGGUAUUAAGAGAAAAGCAAAGUGUUUCGUUCCAGGCAGUUGGGCAUGUGGGUCUUAGGUGGUAGGAAUAUGAAGAAGGGGGUAGGGUAGUUUAUGAUGAGAGUGAGUUAAUCCAGUUGGGACCAUAUUACCUCAAUCUUCUAGGAGAAGCCUUUGUCCCUGCGAGAAGGGGCCCAGAUGCCCAGAGCAAGGAGGGCUCUGUAAGGUGUGUGCAUGUGUAUGGCCCUUUGUGGUCUCUGCCUUGCUCAGUCUGUCUCUCUCUUUCCUUCUCUCACCCUGGAUCCUUCUGUAUCUCUGUCCUCUCUUUUUAAAUUUUCUCUCUCUCUCUGUCUUGCCCCAUCCUGCCUGCCUUCUUUCUACUGAGUCUCUGUUCUUUCUCCCAACCCUCACAUGCUUUCUCUGGAGUCCUCCUGCAUCUCCCUCUAGCCUGCCUGGGACACUGGUCCCAGCUCACUACAACUUCACUCAAGAUAAAUUUGCUUCCCUCAGGAGCCAGCCUCAGGGAUCAUUUUUCUCUCUCUCUUCCUCCUCCAGACCAUAGAAUAUCCUGUAUCCAGGUCCUGCAUCCCAAGAUCAUGGGAAUGAGGGUUCCCUUCUCUGGAGAUCCCAGGAACACUCCACAUCCUAGGGCUCCUCCCAAUUCAGCCCAACCCUCGCCCAGCAGGCCACCAGCUCAUCCUGCAGGGGGGUCCCCCUGCAUGCCUCCAUUCCCAAGGCCCCCAGUCAAGGCCCCAGAGCUUCCCCCUCCCCCUGGGACAUUUCCCAACCCAGAUUAAUCACAGGGGCGGCCCCAGAGAGGAGGAAGGAGCGGGCAUGGCUUACCUUGAAGAGGGACUGCUCACCUGAACAUAUGCUCAAGACCCAGGCACCCCAAGGUCAUGAGGCUGGGAUUCGUCUGUGCUCUGCUUUCUCUCCUGGCAGGGCAUGGCUGGGCAGACACCCGAGCCAUUGGGGCCGAGGAAUGCCGCCCCAACUCGCAGCCCUGGCAGGCCGGGCUCUUCUACCUCACCCAUCUCUUCUGUGGGGCUUCCCUCAUCAGUGACCGCUGGCUGCUCACAGCUGCCCACUGCCACAAGCCGUAUCUGUGGGUCCGCCUCGGGGAGCACCACCUCUGGCAAUGGGAGGGUCCAGAGCAACUGUUCCGGGCCACGGAUUUCUUCCCCCACCCUGGGUUCAACAAGGAUCUCAGGGCUCAUGACCAUAGUGAUGACAUCAUGCUGAUCCGUCUGCCCAGGAAGGCAUACCUGGGACCUGCUGUGCAGCCCCUCAACCUCAGCCAGACCUGCGUCUCCCCAGGCACCCAAUGUCUCAUCUCAGGCUGGGGGGCCGUGUCCAGUCCUAAGGUGCAGUACCCACUCACGCUACAGUGUGCCAACAUCAGCAUCCUGGAACACAAACUCUGCCAUCGGGCUUAUCCGGGCCACAUCUCGGAUGGGAUGCUCUGUGCCGGCCUCUGGGAGGGGGGCCGAGGCUCCUGCCAGGGUGACUCUGGGGGCCCCCUGGUUUGCAACGGGACCCUGGCUGGUGUGGUGUCUGGGGGUGCCGAGCCCUGCUCCAGACCCCGGCGCCCAGCCGUGUAUACCAGCGUGUGCCACUACGUGGACUGGAUCCGAAAGACCAUGGAGGACAACUGAGCCCUCGUGCCCUGGGUGACCAAGAGAGGAGGGCGGGCGCGGGGUAGCGGGGUACUGCAGGGCUCCGGCCUCAGAGGUCUCGGCGCGUGGCCUCAGCGGCCCGGAGACGCGCUCUGAAUAUUCAGGCUCCGCGCCCAGAGGGCCCUCCGGGUGGGAAAGCAGCGGGGAGACACCUCCUCGCCCCUGUAGCCUCGCCUCUGUGACGUCAUCGCAGCUGGUACCAUCCCAGCGGAACAGCUUCACCUGCAGCUCCGCUCCAGGAGCAUCUCCAGCAGACAGCCCCGCCCCUCGGAACUUCGCCCAAUGAGGCUUCCCCUCCGGGCCCCGCCCCCGUGGCCACGCCCCCUCCAUGGGAAAUCUCACCCCCAUGACAUCAGGGGCGCUGCAGCUUGCCACGUGAGCCACCGAUGCACCGUCGGGCUCCGCCCCCUGGUGCCCGCGCCCCGGGGCGUUUGAAUCCUGGCCGGGACCCGACUUAGACGAGCUGGAGAAGGGUCUCAAUUCAUUUAGAUUCAGUGAAUGAUUUUACAAUAAACGACCGGAGCCGCGCUUUC